AUGAGUAAAAAUUAUGGAUGGGCCAGCGGUGGUAGCAGCAUUCUAUCAGAGUUUGGUACUCUCCAUCUAGAGUUCUCCUACUUGAGCGACAUUACGGGUGAUUCCGUUUACAGAGAAAGAGUACAAACAAUUCGCUCGGUGCUAAAAGAAAUCGAAAAACCCAAAGGACUCUAUCCGAAUUAUCUCAACCCGAAGACGGGGAAAUGGGGCCAGCAGCAUAUGUCGUUGGGUGCGCUCGGCGACAGCUUCUACGAGUACUUGUUGAAGGCAUGGAUCCAGUCUGGUCAUGAAGACGAGGAGGCUCGCGUGAUGUAUGAUGAUGCCAUGCAGGCAAUCAUUCAGCAUAUGCUUCGCACCACGCCGAGUGGAAUGAUGUACGUCUCCGAUAUGAAAUUCGAUCGUCUUGAGCAUAAAAUGGAUCAUCUGGCGUGUUUUGCUGGGGGCUUAUUCGGGCUCGGCAGUAAUUCUCUGAAUAAUCAGUUUUCGGAGCGCUACAUGGAGAUCGGGGAAGGCCUGACUAACACCUGCCACGAGAGCUAUAUUCGCACAUACACUCGGCUCGGUCCAGAAUCAUUCCGUUUUAACGAUGGUGUUGAAGCGAAGGCGCUGAAAGCUCAGGAAAAAUACUUUAUUUUGCGACCGGAAACGUUCGAAAGCUACUUCAUAAUGUGGCGUUUGACGCAUGAUCAGAAGUACCGAGAUUGGGGUUGGGAUGCAGUACAGGCACUCGAGAAGCACUGUCGAACAUCUACCGGCUACACAGGCUUGAAAAACGUGUAUCUUACCGAACCAGUGAAAGAUGAUGUGCAACAAAGUUUCUUCCUCGCCGAGACACUUAAGGUAAGAGCGCAUUGG